CAAAGUGGAAAGGUCGGGGAAGUUGGUUAUCAUAACGUUAAGCUUGCAAGACCAUCUUUGCCCCAGAUAUUAUUUAAAAAAAAAAAAAAUGUCAACUACCGACGAAGACACAGAGAUCCCUAUUCCAUGUGUGCUCAUCACCAGCUGUGAUCGUGGUUUUAAAGAAGAGGAGCUGAUAGAACAGAUCCUCAGUACGAAGGAUUUACCGGAGCCAGUCAAAAAAGAAGAGUCGGUAGCCUGGUAUCCUUGGACCAUCAACAACAAAUAUUAUACAGCAGAUGUCAGGCUAUGUGUUGUACCAAGCACCUUUCAAAUGUCUUCAGAGAUUGCUCAGUCCAUGCAGGCUUUCAUUGUUUACUUUGACAGUUCAGCAAAGGAUGGUCUGGAAAAGCUUCAGCCUUGGAUAUCAGUGGUGGAAGAUCUUGCUCCAGAGGUUCUCAUUCUGGUGUGUGACAGAGUCAGCGAGAAUGGUGUCACCAGACAUGAAGCACAACAGUGGUGUUUGGCUCAUGCGUUUGAGCUGGUGGAGCUCAAUCCACAGGAAUUGCCAGAUGAGGAUGAUGACUUUCCAGAAUCCACAGGAGUGAAGAGAAUUGUGCAGGCUCUCAAUGCCAACGUGUGGUCCAGUGUAGAGAUGAAGGAUGGGCACAAUGGAGGCUUUGGUCUUAUGAGUAGUUUGGUGGCCUCAAGACAUAACAACCCACGCAGCUGCCAAGAUCCACCACAGUCUUCCAGCCUGCCAGUAGAGGGCUCACCUGUUAGUGAAGAGGCUGACCAUACAGAAAGUAGUACUAACACAGACACACGGGGAGACGCUGUAGUCGAUGCAAUGACGGAUUUGGACAUUCAGGAACUUGCUAAUCUCACGGCUGGUGAUGCGGAUGUGGAUAACUUUGAACGCCUCUUUACCAAAUUAAAAGAGAUGAAAGAUAAAGCUUCUUCAUUACCUCAUGAGCAGAGAAAGGUUCAUGCAGAGAAGGUAGCAAAAGCGUUUUGGAUGGCCAUCGGUGGCGAUGACGAUGAGAUUGACGGGUUAUCAUCGGGGGAAGAAAGCUGAAAUUAGCUUCCUGUGACUCAGUCUCUUUUUCCUGAUUCUCUUUCUUUCCUGGGACUCCCACGAGAUCCAGCGUCCUUACACUCACUUCUUGCACUUGGAAAGUGGAGACGCUUGCAGAUGGUACUGUAGGCAUAGUCAUGUUUAGAGUUCCUUAAAUGAAAUGAUUGCAAUACUAGUCAGAAGCCUUUGAAUAUCUUGAUUAGGAGAGAAGAGAGCCAAUGGGUGGCCCUGACCCUCAGUCUUCUCCUUUGGGUCCCUUUCUAACCUUAAGUGAACCUCAACACAAUAGUGUUGCAUUUGGCAAAACAAAAUUAAAUCAUAGAUACUUUGAUUGAUGUGUAUGUCCUUUAGGUACAGUUGUCACAUAUAUUUGCAAGUGACACAAUGUGCCUUAUCCCUAGAAGAGUUGUGACACAUUUAAUUUACAUUCUGUUAAAUGAAUAUAAAAACGUGUGAUUUCAA